UGCUUUUGGAGCUGCUGGCCGCCUGUGGCUCAGGUGACCAGAGGCCCUUGAGCAGCGCGCAGAACCCCCAGGGCCUGACAGGUGGAGCAGCAAUGAUCCAGAAUGUGGGAAACCACUUGCGAAGGGGCUUUGCCUCUAUGUUCUCUGGUCGUACAUCCCGGAAGUCAAUCUCACAUCCAGAGCACGAAGACACCAUGGCAGAGGGUGAGGAGUACCGGAACCCCACGGAGGUACAGAUGAGCCAGUUGGUGCUGCCCUGCCACACUAAUCACCGCGGGGAGCUGAGCAUAGGACAGUUGCUCAAAUGGAUCGACACCACGGCCUGCCUGUCAGCGGAGAGGCAUGCUGGCUGCCCCUGUGUCACGGCUUCCAUGGAUGACAUCUACUUUGACCACACCAUUAGUGUCGGCCAAGUGGUGAAUAUCAAGGCCAAGGUGAACCGGGCCUUCAACUCCAGCAUGGAGGUGGGUAUCCAGGUGGUCUCUGAGGACCUGUGCUCCGAGAAGCAAUGGAGUGUGUGCAAGGCCCUGGCUACCUUUGUGGCCCACCGGGAGAUCUCCAAGGUGAAGCUGAAGCAGGUCAUACCAGUGACAGAGGAGGAGAAAACGGAACACGGGGUGGCAGCUGAGCGCCGGCGCAUGCGGCUAGUCUAUGCAGACACCAUUAAGGACCUCCUGGCCCACUGUGCCAUCCCGGAUGACCCCGACAAGGACUUCAGCAAUAUGGUGCCCGCAGAGAAGACCCGAGUGGAGAGCGUGGAGCUGGUGUUGCCUCCUCAUGCCAAUCAUCAGGGCAAUACCUUUGGGGGCCAGAUCAUGGCCUGGAUGGAGAACGUGGCCACCAUUGCAGCCAGCCGGCUCUGUCAUGCCCACCCGACACUCAAGGCCAUCGAGAUGUUCCAUUUCCGAGGCCCCUCGCAGGUGGGGGACCGUCUGGUGCUCAAGGCCAUUGUGAAUAAUGCCUUCAAGCAUAGCAUGGAGGUGGGCGUGUGUGUGGAGGCUUAUCGCCAGGAGGCCGAGACCCAGCGGCGACAUAUCAACAGUGCCUUCAUGACCUUUGUGGUCCUGGACAAAGAUGACCAGCCUCAGAAACUGCCCUGGAUUCGUCCCCAGCCUGGAGAGGGUGAACGGCGAUACCGAGAGGCCAGCGCCAGGAAGAAGAUCCGCUUGGAUAGGAAGUACCUUGUGUCCUGUAAGCAGUCGGAAAUGGCCCUGUCUGUCCCCUGGGAUCCUAGCAACCAGGUGUACCUGAGCUAUUACAACGUGUCGUCUCUGAAGACGCUUAUGGCCAAGGACAACUGGGUGCUGUCCGUGGAGUUCGGUGAGGUCCACCUGUACACCCUGGAGGAGGAGUUCCUGUCAUUUCAUUUGGAGAUGGUGGUCCACGUGGAUGCUGCCCAAGUCUUUACGCUGCUUUCAGACCUGCGUCGGAGGCCGGAAUGGGACAAGCAUUACCGGAGUGUGGAGCUGGUGCAGCAGGUAGAUGAGGAUGACGCCAUCUACCACGUCGUCAGCCCUGCCUUGAGCAGCAAUACCAAGCCCCAAGACUUUGUGAUCCUGGCCUCUAGGCGGAAGCCUUGUGACAAUGGGGACCCUUAUGUCAUCGCAUUGAGGUCGGUCACAUUGCCCACCCACUGUGAGACACCCGAGUAUCAGCGUGGGGAGACUCUCUGCUCAGGCUUCUGUCUGUGGCGGGAGGGGGACCAGUUGACUAAGGUUUCUUACUACAACCAGGCCACCCCGGGACUUCUCAACUAUGUGACCACCAAUGUGGCCGGCCUGUCCACGGCGUUCUACAAUACGUUCAAGGCUUGUGAGAGUUUCCUGUUGGACAACCGGAAUGACCUGGCCCCCAGCCUCCAGACCCUCUAGGCACUACCCCACCCUGCCCCAGGUCUUACACAGUGCAUGGAGCAAAGCAGAGGCGUUUAUUCACCCUGACUCCCCAGGGAAGCCUUCCACAUUAGAUGGUCCAAUCCUACUGGGUGGUCAGUUCCUGCUCACAUCUGCCAGCAAGUCUUCUCGGUACCCCUGGGGUAUCCUGUAAUAGACUCGGGUCCUGUCCAUGGCCCUGGCCACCCACAACCCAGCCCAAACGUCUGCAUAGUUGUUCCCAGCCAUGCUGUGGUGCACCGUGACCGUGGCUCGAGGGGAGGCUGCCAGAAGCCUGGCCACAGCUUUGGCCGAACUCCGGCCCAGUGGCCCAGCCUGCAGCUGGAAGGACACAGGUUGCCAGAGUCCCUGACACAGCUCCAGCAUGUCUGUGAUCAUCUGCUCCUGAUAGCCGCUGCCCAGCGCCUCUUCAGGCCAGCCUGGUGCCACGGUCACGUGAGGGAAAACUUCAGCCACAGCUGUAAGCAGUUCUCUGCCAGCCACAUGACCAGGGACCACAAAAUUACCAUGUGAGAUUGUAGCCCCCACCCACACGGGCCAGGGCAGAUGGCCAAGGGUGGAGAGGCGUGCCAGUGUGGCCAGGGAGGGCCGGAGAGCUGUGGGUUCCACGAUGUUCACAUGGAUGCCCCAGGAGCCGGGGUGAGCAGCCAGCUGCAGCAGACAGGACUCUAAUGUCAGAAUAGGACCACCUUGGGUACGCAGGAUGGGCACAGGGGUCCCAGAUUCAGGUUCCUGGAGGCCCACAUCCAGCAGGAUCAUGCCUUCUCUGCCUGGAAGAGGCAACAGUGUUUGGAGUACCUGUCAUUAUGGGAUGUCAUUCUCUCUUGUUAAAGGGGCAGUGGAGGUCAUGGGAGCAGACGAGGAGGAACUGGUGCCAGCCGUUCUUGAAUCUGACGUUCCAGACUCCAAAUGCUGUGACUGGUGACUCAUGACAAAUGGCUGGCUCAGUUCUUGGCCUUCCUAGUGACUCAGACCUGGGUCACCACCCCCUCUUCUAGUCACCAUGAGACUGGGGGCACAAGGCUGCUGGCCUAAGGUCAGGAGUUCCUGCUCUUGACAUUAUUCCUCCCACUUUGUAUCCAGUGCAUGGCUUAUGAUGUUGCCAUGGUAACAGAGAACCAAGUUACCCACCCAAGCAAACGACAGGCCUGUGAGUUAGCCAGGGGCUUUGGGACUGCAGGCAGACUCACCAGGGACAGUAAUGGCCGCUGUUCUCCCGCCACCAUUCACUUGUAGAUCCAGCCACUCUACCUCUAGGCCAUCACCCCUGGGCUGCUGGAGAAGAGGGAUCAGGCUGCCACCUGUGUAGUAGGUUCGCUUCCGGGUGCUGUUCACUGUGGGACCCAAAAUUGCCAAGGUGAAAGGACCACUACCCAUGGUUACACCCUGGCUCUCCUGCAUCCAAAUCCUUGUAGCCGUCAGUUCCCUCUUGGAUAGAUGUGAAGUCAUUGUUUCAAGGUUUUGGCAACCAGUAAGCAGAGUUUACUGGGCCAGAAACCAAAUGGAGGACCCCAAAGCUGGUUUCCUCCCCUUUCCGGACACGGUUUCCUCAAUAGGAAUGGGACCUGAUGUGACCCCUUGGGAUGGUUUAAGUGUGAGUGCUCCUAGACUCAGGGUCAGAAGUACAGGGGUUUGCCUGGUGGCAUCUGGCUCAUGAAUGAGUGGGCACAGAAGAGGGCUGUGGAAACACGGGGAGGGGGUUGAAUUGGCUAGGGUCUGAUCAAGCUGCUUUUCUAUAAACUCCUUGUAGUUUCGAUUUCAAUUUCCUUCUCUAUCAACCAGACUCCUGCUUUGUGGAUAGGUGAAGCUUGGAUAGCAUACUGUCCCAGGGGCAGAAGACAGGUUCUCAGAAUGGUUCCUGUCUCCUGUUCCACCCAGAAUUUUCCCCGUCUAGACCUCCUUACCUUUGCUCCCAUGCCCAACCAAGGCUGCCCUGAGCAGAACCCAGCCUCCACCUCCCCUUCUAGGCCCCCUUCUUACAGGCCAGCUGCUUGAACUGCGACAGGACGGGCUCAAAGAGGUCAUAGUAGAUUUGGUGGGUGGCACUGUUGUCCCGGAUGAAGAGGAGAUCAUCUACCGACACGGGGUCCGAGGCACCCUGCCACAGUGUCAGGCUGUAUCUGGGACCAGAGAGCUGACUCAGUACCCCCCUGGGCCCAGAAAGACCCUGGGCUCUACUCCUAUGCUCAGAACUGAAUGCCAGCUGACCCAGGAGUAGAGCAUCUGUCCUCCAGCUUCCAAGGGAUGAUGGAAAGCAGGAGUUUAGGGAUGAGAGGAUGUGCCCACUCGGGAUGUCUAUUUCUGAGUUACCCAACAAUGGAAGCAGUGAAUAGCUUGUCACCAGAGGAGUGUAAGCCAGAGGCAGGGCAUUCAUUAUAGGAGGUGGCUAGGCCACCAGGGCCAGGACAAGAUGAUCUUUAGAACCCCUCCUGCCGUGUUCAUCUUAGAUCAGAGCCCAGAAUAGAUUUGGAAUGAGCAGAGGGAGCUUUACCUCUCAGAUUGGCCCAGGAGCCAGCUGAAGUGGGGCCAAGCAGCCCGUGCCAUGAAAGCCCGAAUGGGGAAGGUGAUGCUCUGAGGCAGCGCCCCCACCAGCUCCUGCAUCUUCUCCACCAUGGCUUGGGUGUACGUGCUGUUUGGCAACUGAGGCACAUACAGAGUAGUAAAGCCAGGAGAGAUGGUGACGUCAGGAUACUUCUCCUGGACCAGCGCCAGGAACCUGCAGAGAACAGAGAGAUCCAGCUUUGCAGACAACUCUGGUCCAUUCUCGUAGGUUCUUGUCACAGGGACUUGGGGCAGCCAGGCCUGUUGAGUCUGUGCUUGGAGGCUGGCAACACAGCUCUAAAGAACAGCAGGGGUUUGCACAUCCUGCUGAUGUGACCACCCUGUGCAACCCAGGAGGUCUGGGCUCAGGGCCUACUCUGCCUCUGCCUUUGAUUCUCAGAAACAGUGAUCGUCUGCCAGGGCAGGGCCUUUUAAAUGUCCCCAUAUGGAUGAAGGGGGCUGGGUGAGAUUUGUGAGGUGUGCAGAUCUGUAAGCUGCCAGCUGGCUUCGAGUUUCCCACGUUUCAGAUUCUUAAUUAUUUUUUAUAUGCACCAAGCAUGAUGGCACAUGCCUGUAAUCAGCACUUGGGAGGUGAUGAUAGUACAAUCAGGACUUCCUUCAUCCCCAGGUACAUAGAGAGUGCAGGGCUAGCCUGGACUAUAUGAAACAGUCUCAAAGCAAUACAUAAAAAAGAAUGUUUUGAAUCUUAUUCUGAUGCAGAAUUUAUUAGGAAAGUAAUGUCACCUAUGGCCCAGCCUCUAGAAUACCCUGAGGAGAGAAACUUUGUUUGUC